UGAUUAUGUGAUAUUGUAUGCUUUCCAGUUUUCUACCUAGAUCUUCUUCCUUAUUUUUGUUUACCUCUUCAUUUUCCAUCAGCCUCAAAAUUACAAGUUUUAUUCUUGAAUAUUUUUCUGAUCUGUAGGUUUAUCUAUUUACCAAGAAAAAACGUAUGAGCAAAUACAAAUGCAGUUUGCAUAUGGGGAAAUUAAAAUUAGAUAAAUAAAUGUGUUGUUGUUCAACCUAAAUCUUCUUACAUUUAUGUGCACUCCCAAGAGUAAAUGACUCGCUCGAGCCGAGGGUGUAUCGGAAACAACCUCCCUAACCCACAAAGGUAGGGAUAACGUGUGCGUACAUCCUACCUUCCCCAGACCCCACUUGUGUGAAUACACUGAGUAGGUUGUUGUUGUUGUUGUUGGAUGGGUAGAGGAAAGAUAGAGAUAAAGAGGAUAGAGAACAACACAAACAGGCAGGUGACAUUUUGUAAGAGGAGAAAUGGACUGUUGAAGAAGGCAUAUGAACUUUCAGUUCUGUGUGAUGCUGAGAUUGCUCUCAUUGUUUUCUCUACCCGUGGCCGCCUUUAUGAAUACUCCAACAACAACAUAAAGGCAACUAUAGAUCGAUACAAGAAGGCAACUGCAGAGACCUCUAGUGCAUACACUACUCAAGAGCUCAAUGCACAGUUUUACCAACAAGAGUCAAAGAAGCUGCGCCAACAGAUACAAUUGAUGCAGAACACAAACAGGCAUUUGGUGGGUGAAGGCUUGAGCUCUUUGAAUGUGAGGGAACUGAAGCAAUUGGAGAACAGACUUGAACGAGGCAUUACAAGAAUUAGGUCAAAAAAGCAUGAAGCAAUACUAGCUGAGACUGAGAAUUUGCAGAAGAGGGAAAUGCAACUGGAACAGGAAAAUGCAUUCCUUAGAUCAAAGAUAGCAGAAAAUGAGAGGCUGCAGGAACUAAGCAUGAUGCCAGCAGGUGAGCAAGCUGGUGGGCAAGAGUAUAAUGCAUUUCAGCAAUAUUUAGCAAGAAAUAUGCUUCAACUCAACAUGAUGGAAGCUGCCUCAGUGCCUUCUAAUUAUGAUCCAAUGUCUGCUGACAAGAAGUCUGAUCUCCACCUUCACUGAACUCUUUUGCCUUCCAAGUGAAUCCAUUUCUGCUAUGGAGGAAGGAAUGUGUUCUUUUGGAACAUACUAUAAAUAAUCUUUGUGCUUUUGCUUUACUACCUUAUUUUGCUGUGUUUGAAUUGUUUGCUGUAUUAUUACUUGUAAUCCGUGGACGUCUCAGUUUCUUUCCAAUAGACUCUGCACCUUUUCUUAUAAAUUCGGGCCUACUUUUGCAUUUA